GGCUGCAGCUGGCAGUGCGGCGGGCGCGGGCGCCGGAGCGAGGGGCCCGCGGGCCCAGCUAUUAAUAACGCGGCCGCCAGCCCGGGGUCGCGCAGCCAUGGCCAGCCCGGAGCCCCGGCGCGGCGGGGACGGCGCCGCCCAGGCCGCGAGGAAAACAAGAGUAGAGGCCAAUUCUCCUCUUCCAAAGAACUCUGGAUCCCUAAAUGAGGCAGAAGCCUUGAACCCAGAAGUUACUCUAUCUUCAGAGGGGUCCUUAAACCUCGAAGACAUUCUCUACCUGGAGGACACAGGUGACCUUGAUGAGACACUCUAUGUGCAAGAGACUGAGAAGGCAGAGGAGGCCCUGUAUAUUGAGGAGGCCAUGCAGCCAGAUGAGGCUCUGCAUGUGGAGGAGCCUGGGAAUCCAGAGGAGACAGUGUGUGUGGAGGAAACCACGGAGCCAGAUCGGAUACAGUUUGUGGAGGGGCCCGUGGAGCCAGGAAAGCCCACAAGCCCAGAGCACGUUGUUUAUGAGGGAGAGACAGUCACAAGGGCGGAGAAAUCUAACCCUGAGGAGAGCCUCAGAGCCGAGCAGAGCCCCAGCAUGGAGGAGAACCUGAGCAUAGAGGACCUGGAAUUGCUAGAGGGGCGUUUCCAGCAGUGUGUCCAAGCUGUGGCCCAGCUGGAAGAGGAGAGGGAUCAGCUCAUCCAUGAGCUUGUAUUGCUCCGGGAACCAGCCCUGCAGGAGGUACAGCAAGUCCAUCAAGACAUCCUGGCUGCCUACAAGCUCCAUGCCCAAGCAGAGCUGGAGAGAGAUGGCCUAAGGGAGGAGAUCCGGCUGGUCAAGCAGAAGCUUUUCAAAGUGACGAAGGAAUGUGUGGCCUACCAAUACCAGCUGGAGUGCCGCCAGCAGGACGUGGCUCAGUUUGCCGAUUUCCGGGAAGUGCUGACUACAAGGGCAACCCAGCUCUCAGAGGAACUGGCCCAGCUCCGGGAUGCCUAUCAGAAGCAGAAGGAGCAGCUGCGGCAACAACUAGAAGCCCCUCCAAGCCAGAGGGAUGGGCACUUUCUCCAGGAAAGCCGGCGACUCUCUGCCCAGUUUGAAAAUCUCAUGGCAGAGAGCCGCCAGGACCUGGAGGAGGAGUAUGAGCCUCAGCUCCUGCGGCUCCUAGAGAGGAAAGAAGCUGGGACCAAAGCUCUGCAGAGAACCCAGGCUGAGAUCCAGGAAAUGAAGGAGGCUCUGAGACCCCUGCAAGCAGAGGCCCGGCAGCUCCGCCUGCAAAACAGGAACCUGGAGGACCAGAUCGCACUUGUGAGGCAAAAACGAGAUGAAGAGGUGCAGCAGUACAGGGAACAGCUGGAGGAAAUGGAAGAACGCCAGAGGCAGUUAAGAAAUGGGGUGCAACUCCAGCAACAGAAGAACAAAGAGAUGGAACAGCUAAGGCUCAGUCUUGCUGAAGAGCUCUCUACUUAUAAGGCUAUGCUACUACCCAAGAGCCUGGAACAGGCUGAUGCUCCCACUUCUCAGGCAGGUGGAAUGGAGACACAGUCUCAAGGUGAUCUUUGUGAAGAGAAGAGUGGUGUUUGCAUUGUUACUGCUUUCCUAACAAUACUAAUUAAUGCCUUAAAAACAGGCCGGACGGGGUGGCUCACACCUGUAAUCCUAGCACUUUGGGAGGCUGAGGAGGGUGGGUCACCUGCAGUCAGGAGUUCGAGACCAGCCUGGCCAACAUGGCGAAACCCCGUCUCCGCUAAAAAUACAAAAAUUAGCCGGGCAUAGUGGCAGGCACUUAUAAUCCCAGCUACUCAGGAGGCCAAGGCAGGAGAAUCGCUUGAACCAGGAGGCAGAGGUUGCAGUGAGUCAAGAUCACAAUACAGCACUCCAGCUUGUACAACAGAGUGAGACUGCCUCAAAACAAAACAAAAACCCAAAAAACAAAAACAACAAAAAACCCUUGUGUGCCUAAUGUACAAGGGGAUAACCCAAACCUCCAAAAUGCCUGAGUCAGGCAUUCAGAGUUCAUUUGGAAUGUUUGUUUCUAGUAGGACUCAAAAUAUGCCCUGAUUAUCACCACGAAUUCUGUGGCAUCUAGGCUUUGGGCAUCUUGUUUCCUCAUCCUACCCUACCCACCUGCUAUUCUCAGUUUUCCUUAUAAUAGCAGAGAAAGCAGUUGUGCUAUCAAAAAUAAUAAACAUAUCUAUCCAUUAAGUUCCUUAUAUAAUAUUCAAAGGCUGUGGUUUUGGGUGGAAGCAGAGAUGUUCAUGUUACACAGACUUACUCUUUUUUUUUUUUUUGAGACGGAGUCUUGCUCUGUUGCCAGGCUGGAGUGCAGUGGUGUGACCUCUGCCUCCCAGGUUCAAGUGAUUCCCCUGCCUCAGCCUCCCAAGUAAGCUGGGAUUAUACGCACGCACCACCACGCCUGGCUAAUUUUUUGUAUUUUAGUAGAGACGGGGUUUCACCAUGUUGGCUAAGAUGGUCUCAAUCUCCUGACCUUGUGAUCCACUUGCCUCGGCCUCCCAAAGUGCUGGGAUUUCAGGUGUGAGCCACCAUGCUUGGCCUACACAGACUUAACUUUUAGACACUGACAAAACUGAAGGCAUCUUUCUGACCAAUCACCUACUCAGGAUCCCUCCCCCAAUGUUUUACCAGUAUAUUCUGAUAAAAGUUCUAGAGUCCGUGAAAGAAACUAAGGAUAAAAGAAAGUCCGUGUCAAGUUGUACAUUAUACAGAUGCCUAUAAAUUUUAUUCAUUUCCUAAACUUACAUCAAAUUCACAACUUUCUUUUUUUUUUGAGACAGAGUCUCGCUCUGCCACCCAGGCUGGAGUGCAGUGGCACGGUCUCGGUUCACUGCAACCUCCACCUCCUGGGUUCAAGUGAUUCUCCUGCCUCAGCCUCCUGAGUAGCUGGGACUACAGGAGCAUGCCACCACGGCCAGCUAGUUUUUGUAUUUUUAGUAGAAAUGGGGUUUCACCAUCUUGGCCAGGCUGGUCUUGAACUCCUGACCUUGUGAUCCACGUGCCUCAGCCUCUCAAAGUGCUGGGAUUACAGGCGUGAACCACCGCGCCUGGCCCACAAGUAACUAUUGUUGCUUUUUCUAAUUUUCUAGGAUUUUAUUUUAUUUUUUUAAAUUUCUUUUUAGUAGAGAUGGGGGGUUGGGUCUUGCUAUUUUGCCCAGGCUGGAGUAGUGGCACGAUCUUGGCUCACUGCAACUCUGCCUCCUGGGUUCAAACAAUACUCCUGCCUCAGCCUGCUAAGUAGCUGGGAUUACAGGCAUAAGCCAUCACACCCAGCCUUGAGGAUUUUCUUAUACUGUGUUUGAAUCCACAUGACUGAUAAUAUGCUUAAUGUUUGAGAAAUUAUAACCUUGCAAUUGAGGUUAAUGAUCUACUAACUACCUUUGUGUUGAUCAGAUUGUGUACAAUCUGGAAAAGACAAGGACUAAUCCAAAGAAAUGAAACUACAGAAUUUCAGGCAUUGUAAUUAUACCUGUGAGAAGUUAACCUAGCAGAGAAAACGUUUAACUAUCCCUCCCAUCACCAUCACCAUUCAUUCUAUUUGACAAACAGGAGGCAUCCAAAUAUUUGCUAGGGGAAAGUCAUCCCUGAUCAUCCAUAAAUCACACUGUAACAAUCUCUUCUCAACAAAGCCUGCAGUAACUAAACCUCAGAAGUUCACUGUUAUAAACUUUUUCUUUCAACUUUACAGGGGCUGUUUAGAAAUAUAUGGCCAAAUCUGUAACCCGGAAACAGCAAAAAACUUCUUAGCAAAGGAUCACUAAGUACCCUUUGGACGUACUCUUCCAAACAGACAAGAGUGCCAGAAACUUGGCAAGCAAUUCAUCCUGUGGAAGUUGCAAAUACUGGCUGACCUGCUUAAAAAGAUUCUAAAGUUGGCCGGAGGCAGAACAUGUCAACUCUUUGCUGGAUUCUAUUUCAUCUGCUGUUGAUACUGAUCUCAAUGCACCAAGGAAAGGAAAGAUGAGCCUCCUGUCUUCCAGCAACAACCCUCACAUAUGCACUGAGUAAAAGAUGAAUGUAUGGACACAUCUGGGAGUAUUUUAAAGAAUGUAUCUUGCCUUGUGUUGACCCAAACCAAAAACAUUUUUGAGGGGCACAUGGGGGGUCAAAAAGAUAGCCAAUUUCCAUUACAUGGGUUUACAAUUUUCAUUCUUUUGUGCCACGAGUGUUAGAAUUUAAAUGAAUACUUUUACAAAGUCUACUUUUUGUUCAAGGAUAUGCUGACCCAUAUAGUUUACUCUUAAAAUUGUGUCAAGGUAUUUCUCACUAUACUCUAAAACAACUAGACUUGAAAAGAAACCAGUUGAGAUUUGAAUCUAAUGGUUAACGCUAUUCAGAUUUUCCCAAAGAUCUUACCUCAUGAAAGUAGUUCUGGGUCAGAAUGAUCUACUCAGUUAAAAAACAACAACAAAAAAAACUAAGCGAUUAGGAAAAAACAGGAAUUUUAUCUGGUUAUUGCAUCUGGUGAUAGAGGCCUUCAAAGCCUAUUAUUUCUAACCUAAGUAAAGGCCCCAGUGAAAAACAUACUGGGGAGAUAAAACCUCUCUCUGAGAAAAGGUUCAAGCACCUUUUCCAAAUUUAAAUCUUGCCUUAAAUUCUCUCUACCACACUGCCUUUGACACUCUUGGAAGUCCAUGUAGUUCUCUACAGAUAGACUUCAAAGAAACGUUACCUUAUCAAAGACUAAUCUGUGCCACCUCUGAUUCAGUGUUUUAUGUCUUUCACUUUCCCUGGGAAGGAGUAAAGUUCUUUUCUACAGCUCUGGGACUAUUACAUUUAAUUCUGCUCUUGAUAGUCAAAGACCAUGGACAACAACUGUCAUCUGAAGGACUCUUCUAGAAGCCAGAGACUGGUGUUUGAUGGAUGUUUUAUACUAAAUAAAACCCAUCAGCAUGGGGUUAUGUAGAAAAGCAAUUUAUUCCAUUUUAAGCACUUACACAGUUAGUCAUGGAGAGUAACAGGCCUGCUGGUGAAACAGGUCACCCAAAAUGGAGAUGGCAUCAAACUAGUGGUCAAGGACUAACUCCUAAAAAAAAAAGCAACUCUUAUCAAGGAUUAAUUUAAUUUUUAAAACAAAUACAAGUUAUUGAUUCACUCUUCUCAACUUGACAGUCUACCUGUGGUAUAACUGUCAGGUAAAAACAUACAUCUUUACAACUUGGUGGUCCCAAGUUAAAAAAAAAAAAAAAAAACACCAACAAAAAAAACACCAUUUCACAGACAGGAAAUAAACAACAUGAAAACAGCUCAAGAAAUACACUAACGAGCAAAAAUAUAUGAAUAUAUGGGGAAAGAGGAACGUGUUGUUUUGACUUAACUGAAGAAACCAAGAGGAAACUGGUCUACGUAUGAAAAUGUGCAUACUGGAAAGUCAGGUGUCAAGAUUUUCGAGUAGGAAUCUAUAUGACUUGAAUCUCCCCCUAUUUCCUGAAUAAAAGUGACAUCUUUCAGUAUUUAUA